AUGACUUUGACUUACGGUUACGGGAAACGACUUUCUGAACUGCCGUUCAGUUCCUCAGAAACCUUAAAACAAACAUCUUAUCCGCAGUGGUACUCCCCUGAAACCGGAAUUUACCAUAGCACAUUUCCCGCCAUUUCCCUCCCACCCAACUCUUUUCUUGACGUUGUUUCCUUCAUUUUUUCCUACCAACACAAUGGCCUUUCUGCUCUCAUUGAUUCCUCAUCUGGGUUUUCCAUUUCCUACUCAGAACUUUAUCCGUUGGUCAAAACCGUGGCCUCUGCUCUUCACCAUUUGGGAAUUUCUCAAGGUGAUGUCGUUUUGAUUCUUUUGCCUAAUUCCGUUUACUUUCCUGUCGUUUUCUUGGCGGUUUUGUACUUGGGUGCUGUUGUUUCUACGAUCAACCCUUUGAGUACUGUCUCGGAAAUCAAGAAACAAGUUACUGAGUGUAAUGUGCGUUUAGUAUUUAGUGUACAUGAUAAUGUUGAAAAGUUGAAGUCUUUGGGCCUGAGUGUUAUUGCUGUACCGGAAAAUGUGGAUUCUGGUUGUGAAGAUGUCAAGUUUUCAGUUUUUUAUAAGAUUAUUUCUGGGAAUUAUGAUUUGGUUAAGAAACCGGUGAUUAGUCAGGAUGAUACAGCGGCAAUAUUGUAUUCAUCAGGAACUACAGGACCUAGCAAAGGUGUUGUUUUAACACAUAGGAAUUUUAUAGCUGUGGUUGAGCUUUUUGUCAGAUUUGAGGCUUCACAGUAUGAGUGGUUGAGUUGGAAGAAUGUGUAUUUAGCAGUUCUACCGAUGUUCCAUAUAUAUGGGAUAUCACUUUUUGUGUUGGGACUGUUGUCAUUGGGGUCUAGCAUUGUUGUCAUGAGGAAAUUUGAUGUUAAUGAGAUGGUGAGAACGAUUGAUAGGCAUGGGGUGACUCAUUUUCCGGUUGUUCCGCCGAUGUUGAUGGCAUUGAUAAAGGCGGCAAAGGCCACAUCUGGAAAUAGCUUGAAGAGUUUGAAGCAGGUUUCUUGUGGAGCAGCUCCUUUGAGUGGGAAAAUCAUAGAGGAUUUUGUGCAGACUUUCCAUCAUGUUGAUCUAAUUCAGGGCUAUGGCAUGACCGAGUCGACUGCAGUAGGAACGCGUGGCUUCAAUACAGGAAAGUUCUGUAAAUACUCGUCAAUUGGACUUUUGGCUCCAAAUAUGCAAGCUAAAGUAGUAAAUUGUGGUAAUGGCUCCUUCUUGCCUCCAAGCUUUAGUGGCGAGCUUUUGCUACGAGGACCUGGAAUAAUGAAAGAAUACAUGGAUAACAUGGAAGCAACUAUGUCAACUAUUGAUAAUGAUGGUUGGCUACACACUGGGGACAUUGUUUAUUUUGAUCAGGAUGCGUACCUAUAUAUAAUUGACCGCGUAAAAGAGAUUAUCAAAUACAAGGGCUUUCAGAUUGCUCCUGCUGAUCUGGAGGCUGUGCUGAUUUGCCAUCCUGAGAUACUUGAUGUUGCAGUAACAGCUGCCAUGGAUGAAGAACUUGGAGAGAUACCAUCGGCAUUUGUGGUAAGAAGGCCUGGAAGCACGCUAACCCAGACUGCUGUUAUCGACUAUCUAGCUCAACAGGUUGCUCCACACAAGAAGGUAAGAAAGGUAGUUUUUACAAACUCCAUACCCAGGUCUGCAGCCGGGAAGAUCCUUCGAAGAGAACUCAGAAACUCCUUGACCUCUACUUCCAGACUUUAAAAUUGUCAAGCUGAAAUCUAGGAUAA